GAGAGAGGCAGCCAGAAAGGUUUGGCGCUGUUCAUGCAGUGGCCAUAGUUUCAACUACGAGACAUGGCGCUCUUGAUGGGCCCUUUGUGGCCCACUUUCCUUGAGAAAACCCUUUUUCCAGACCCAAAAUGAAAAUUUUCCGGAUUUUGCCGCGUUUGGGCUUGGAAACGCGCUCGAAACGUCGACUGCUGCUAGUCAUUGGCAUUUACAUUGGCUUGCUGGGUUUGGUUUGGCUGGCGCAGAUUCCCCUCAAGCCGUCGUACAAGACACAAAUCCACAACAGGCUCUCGGACGCUUUGAAGGAGCAGCUGAGGAAGCCGGAUAGAAAGCCAGAGAAAAAAACGGAGGCCCUCCUCUCAGACCCCCGCGACACGAGUCAGCCGGAGAAGCUUAUCAAAACAAUAUUUUCUAGGGUUGACCGUGAUCAUGACAACUUGAUCAGUCUGGUUGAACUUGUUAGUUGGAUCAAUCUAAAAAUCCAGCACCACAUAUCGCUCGCCCUGAAGGAGAAUUUCCUCAUGUUCACUAUGGUUGACAGCAACCCAAGAAAUGGUCUCGUAUCCUGGGAAGAGUACCACCACUACUUCCUAAAGAAGCAUGGGGUGAACGACACUUACAUAAAAAACCACGACAAGAAACAUAGAGGACUUGUGAGGUCAAUUAAAGAGACAAUAAUGAAAGAAAAACGGGCUUGGUCUGAAGCAGCCCGGUCUGACCCUUCGUAUUUAAAUGUGGACGAGUUCUUGGCAUUUCGCCAUCCAGAAUCAAGUCACUCAACCAUCAUGCAGUUAGUGGAGGAGCUACUAGACAAGUUUGAUAGAGAUGGAGACGACACCCUUACUGAAACAGAGUACGCCAGUCUCAGGUCGGAGGGCGACCUGGAGCAUGAGGCUGAGGAACUACGGCAAGGAGAGGGCGAGAGGAGGACAGAGUUUCGGCAACUCAUUGACAAAAAUCAUGACGGAAAGGCAGAUCGAAAUGAACUUCUGGUGUACAUCGACCCACGGAACCCUCGGCACGCGAGAGAUGAGGCGGAAACGUUAGUUAUGUUGGCAGACGUGAACAAGGACGGUUACCUGUCCCUACCAGAGGUUCUCAACAAAAUCGACCUGUUCCUUUCAAGCAAAAUGAUCAACGCCGCCAAGAGUUUCCAUGACGAUUUCUAGUUAAGGACAACCUAUUUUUUACCCAAUUCAGUUUUUGUGAAGCAUCGCAGUGAUUAGAGACAGCCAAAACGUGUCUCUGACCAAACCAUGACAAAAAUAACAUAGCUGUCCAAGUCCCUGAAAGUCAGCCGUGCCAUUACUUACGUAAGCGAUGUAACAAAUCGAAAUGCUUCCAUUUUUUAAUGUCGUAUGCAAUACAUUCCUAAAUACUCACGUGCGAGAUUGCAAUAUUUUACGUUUUUACUGCUGUAUUUUUUAGUAAAACUUUGAUUGUAUAUUGAUGGUUGUGAACAGUUCAAUGUAUUCUUAAUUACGUGGACAAUGUUAGCGGAAUUGGAAGGUGGAAAAACCAUUCCAUGAGAAACAAUUUGUACCGGCAGCUUACGAGUCAAUUAUUAGUGAUACAAAAGUUGAAUUUUUCCCCUAGGAAUAUCUGCUCUAUUUUUAAUCCUUUCAUUCCUCCUUAAUUUGGCACUAUGAUAUAGGUCAAGCUGUUGGAUUCUUAGAUCCAGGUUUUCCACACACGCGAUUGUCGAGAGAGAUGAAUUUCAUUCCAGUAAGAUGUGUUUAAUGUGAUUCUUCUUUAUAUAUAUUUUUAUCAUUUGGUUGUGAUAUUUUAAUAAAUUGGCUUUUCAAGCUAUUUGGAUUUAUGGAGAA